AUGGGUUCUCUACCGGAUCACUUCGACCGGCCCGUCCACAUUGCCGUGAUAGGAGGCACUGGGCUAGGCAAGAUCGAGGGCUACACACCCGUGGCGGCGCUCAACCCGCUGACGCCGUGGGGCUACGCGUCUGCGCCGAUCCAGAUCCUCGAGCACAACGGGGUGCCGAUCGCCUUCCUGGCCCGGCACGGCCUGCACCACCAGUUCGCGCCGCACGAGAUCCCGGUGCGCGCCAACAUCGCCGCGCUGCGCCAUAUCGGGGUGCGGACCAUCAUCGCCUUCUCGGCCGUGGGCUCGCUACUCGAGGAGAUCCGGCCCAUGGACUUUGUCGUCCCCGACCAGGUCAUCGACCGCACCAAGGGGAUCCGGCCCUUCACCUUCUUCGAGGGCGGGCUGGUCGGCCACGUCGGCUUCGCCGACCCGUUCGACCGGGGGGCCGCGGCCGUGGUGCGCCGCUGCGCCGCGGCCUUGAGCGGCGAGGGCGUGACGCUGCACUCGGGCGGCACCGUCGUGUGCAUGGAGGGCCCGCAGUUCAGCACCCGCGCCGAGAGCAACAUGUACCGGGCCUGGGGCGGGUCCGUCAUCAACAUGUCGGCCCUGCCCGAGGCCAAGCUCGCGCGCGAGGCCGAGCUGACCUACCAGAUGAUCUGCAUGGCCACCGACUACGACUGCUGGCACACCACCGACGACGUCGACGUCGGCAUGGUCAUGAAGUACAUGGAGGCCAACAGCGUCAACGCCAAGCGCCUCGUCGGCGCCGUCCUGGACGAGCUGUCCAAGCACGAGCAUAGCGACCUCGUCCUGGCCAAGCACUGGGAGGGCAGCUCCGCCAUGGGGGUCAAGUACUGCACGAAGCCUGAGGGCAGGGAUCCCGAGGCCGUGAAGAGAGUCGAGUAUCUGUUCCCGGGAUUUUUCGACAACUGA